GUUCUUAUUUAAUGCCACAUCAUCAUUUGAGAAGCAUCUCUCUGGAAAGCAGCCGCGAAAGAUAAAAAGGACAUUGAUAAUUUCAUUUGAAGUAAACGGUGUCUCCUCAUUUUGGAAGAGCUUUCAGUUGGACGCCACACCACAACGAGAUAUUCCAGUAUGGCUAGUUUCGUCAACGUCGGCAUCGUGAUCGGCAUAUUUCUGCUCCUGAUCGGCGGCGGGGUCGACGAAGUCCAGGGACAGACCGUUCAUUCGGCUCUUCUGACCAAGACACAUACUCCGGCCCCUCCACCACCGUUCAGAGAAUGUGCAUGCAGCUCAAGCCCGUGUCACCAUGGAGGAGUGUGUACGAAUAAGCGCAUUGGUGAAGGAACCGCAGCUACCAUAGACUUUGAAUGUGAUUGUAAAGAUGAAUGGACAGGCGACGUUUGUACCGAUUGUGACACGACAACUAAAGAGAUCAUGUGCACUGACGUGUGUCCCAGCCGAAAAAACCAAAUAUGUGAAGACGGCGGAGAGGGUUCCAUCGUAGCUUUGAUGCCCUGCGACACAGGCACGGACUGCUCAGAUUGUUUCGCCCGAUGUUUGCUGAAAACCCCUCCCGUAAUGCCUUAGAUGGAAAAUAAAU